CAGAGGGAGAGACAGAGAGAGGGAGGUGGGGGCGACCAGUUCCCUGACGUCAGCAGAGCCACUGAGGGCUGGGCUUUAGCGCUGGAGACUGAGAAAGACGGAGAGAGACUGAGAGAGACGGGCAGAGACGAGGAGGGGAGAGACGAGACGGGCGCUGCGAGCGGCGCGGACACUUGAAGUUUGUCCAUGAAUCUUCCCGCGGGCGCCGGCGAUGAAGCGGCUUCUCCUCUGCUGCCUGGUGGCCGCCGUCACUCCCCAGGCCCACACACAGGAUUCCAACACAAUUGUCCAGGGUGUGAGUUGGCCGGACUUUGUCCACCCGAAUAACCGAACGCAGUUGUGCCACUGGCCGUGCAGGUGUCCGAGACUCUUGCCCCGAUGCCCACCAGGGGUCAGCUUGGUGCUGGACGGCUGCGAGUGUUGCAGGACUUGUGCCAAGCAGCUGAGGGACAACUGCACGGAGGCAGACGUUUGUGAUUACCAUCGAGGGCUCUACUGUGACUAUAGUGGUGACAGACCUCGCUACGAGGUGGGAGUAUGUGCAUAUCUGGGUGGAGUUGGAUGUGAGCUGGACGGAGCGAUUUAUUCCAACGGCCAGAGUUUCCAGCCCACCUGCAAGUAUAAAUGUACGUGUAUGAACGGGGUGAUUGGCUGCGUCCCCGUCUGCAGACGGUCUCGUCCACCUCUGGUCUGGUGCCACAACCCCAAACGUGUGAAGAUGCUGGGACGAUGCUGCGAGCUGUGGAUCUGUGACCAGUCCAUGAAGCUGCUGAAGGCGGCACCUGUCCAGGUGUCCAUGUCAGCUUACACAGGGGAAUCGGAGGUGUGGCAUCACAACUGUCUGCUGCAGACUACGCCAUGGAGUCCUUGCUCAAUGUCUUGUGGAAUGGGAAUAUCAACCAGGAUUUCCAAUGAAAACAACCAGUGUAAAGUGGUGCCAGAACGGCGCCUUUGCUAUUUAAGGCCCUGCAACAUUGACAUCACCAAGCACAUCAAGGAGGGGAAAAAGUGCCGCAGCGUGGUGAAGCAGGUGGAGCCCAUCAACUUUACCCUGUCGGGGUGUGUGAGUAGACGAACAUAUCGGCCCAAGUACUGUGGUGUUUGCACGGACAAUCGCUGCUGCACUCCCUACAAGUCAAAGACCAUCCAGGUGAACUUUGACUGCCCUGACGGUCUGGCCUUCUCCAAGAAUCUAAUGUGGAUAAACUCCUGUUUCUGCAACUUAAGGUGCAAGAAUCCCAAUGACAUAUUUGCAGAUCUAUUGUAUUAUCCUGACUAUUCCGAAAUCUCAAACUAACUGUUCAAGAUGGAUGGCCUUUGUUGGAUGCAGGGAUAUAUGCACAGCUGAAGUUACAAUGGAAACAUUGUACCUUUUAUCAAUUGCCUGAAAGAUACCAGUUGUGUAUCUCAGCUCUGAGAAAUUAUUAUUUUUGUCAAAUUAAGAUAAAUUUAUUUAAUGAAUGAAAAUAUUCA